AUGGCAUCCAGCCUUACUUGCACUGGGAUGAUCUGGGCACUUCUCUCCUUCCUCUGCGCUGCUGCUUCCUGCAUAGGAUUCUUUAUGCCCUACUGGCUGUUGGGGUCUCAGCUGGAGAAGUCAGUGUCCUUUGGCACUUUCCGGAGGUGUUCCUAUCCAGUGCGGGAUGAGAGCCGCCAGACUACAGUGAUGGUAGAGCAGUGUGGCCGCUACGCAUCCUUCCAGGCCAUCCCAAGUGCUGAGUGGAGGAUCUGCACCGUGGUGACGGGGCUGGGCUGUGGCCUCCUCCUUUUGGUGGCGCUGACUGCACUCAUGGGCUGCUGUGUGUCCGAGCUCAUCUCCAGAACUGUGGGCAGGGUAGCAGGAGGCAUCCAGUUUCUGGGAGGCUUGUUGAUUGGCUCUGGCUGUGCUCUCUAUCCCUUGGGUUGGGACAGUGAAGAAGUUAGACAGACCUGUGGCAACCUUUCCAACCAGUUUGAAUUGGGUACUUGUGAAAUUGGCUGGGCUUACUACUGCACCGGAGGAGGAGCAGCUGCCGCUAUGUUAAUCUGCACUUGGUUGGCCUGCUUCUCUGGCAAGAAACAGAAACAGUACCCUUACUGA